AUGUUGCCGAGAACGACCCUAUUUUUAGUGCUAUGCACUUCCAUAGCAGUCGAUGCCGCUGUCCGACGAGAGCAGUUGGUUAGUCUCGCGUGUGCUCGAAAUCCGUCAUUGACGAUCUGCGACAGUUUGCGAACGAGAAAAGUGCGGCACGAUGAGCCGCCGAAGCUUGAAAUGAUCACACCGCCACCAUUGCCGGCGAACCUCAACGUACAACGACGAGAGUUGGGCCACGAUGAGCCGGAGAAGAAGCCGAAUCAGACGCACGAUAUGACGCCGAAUUAUAAGUAUUUGCCGCCGACUGAGGCGAGGAUUCUUCAGGCGAAAUGCGCCAGAGUCGGACCACUUGUACAAAAGCAUUGCCAACGCGGAAAAGUGACGGCGUCGAACGCGGGAAGAUGCGCGGCCUAUUUCAGAGAUUGCGCGAGGUUCAUCGAGAAGAGCGAUCCACUCGGAGCCAUCGCCGAUUCGUUCACAUCGGGGGUGAACGUGAAUGUUGCGAAUGUCGACGUCAAAGGGAUUCCGUAUUAUCCAGUAAACGAGGAGGGCGCGGUGGGAGUCGGAGUUGGAGUCGGCGUCCCGUUCGGAGCAUGGGGUGGAGGCUUCUCCAGCUCGGUUGGAGUACGCGACUAUUUCCAAGGCGAUCAGGAGGCUGGAGCCAAUUGGAUCGAUGGCCAAUAUGGCUACAAGAAUCACUGGAGUAUUCCGCUUGUUCAAUCGUUGGGAAUCGAAGGUGGCCAACAUAACACGGUAUCGUUCCCGCUGCGAGGAAAAGACGCGGGCAACUUGAAAGUCGACAACGGCUACGGCGUCGGACCCUACUAUCAACACAACGACCAUGUCGGUGUGAGCUACAAACAAGGAGACGUCAAGCACACGUUCGGCGUCGGCGCGCCAAUCGCGGGCACCUCGUUCGAGACGGGCCAGGCCGUCGCAUUCCCGGGACUUGAUGUCUGGGAGCGGGCGCUCGGCUGA